UAGGGACAAUUUCGCAAUUUCAGGUGAAAGAAUUUUUGCCGAAAACCAAAAACGAAUGUCCUCUUAUGAAAUAGUUUUGAUAGUGCCAGGGGCUUAGUGCGAAUAAUCGUUCGAGUUUUGAGGGAGCACACACAUACGCCCAUUCGAUGCAUAAAUUUGGGCGAAUUCAAAGCGUCUCGCUCCCUUCGUUUUCGAAGGAAAAUCAGAGACGAUAAUGGCAACUACGAUCACUCUUAGUUCCACUUGUACGCUUUUCCUAUUAUUCACUUUGCACGGAUUCUUUUGGCUCUCGUUUUGCUCUGAUCACGUCCCUCUUCCACUUAAAGCCAUUGAUGUGGGACAACCAGCUGUUGAUGUCACCCCUACACAAAUUCAUGUCUCCUCUCAAGGAUCUAAAGAUGUUGCAUUUUGUGAACGUGUUACUAUACAUGGCAUAUCAAGAAUAAAACUCCAUAGUUAUGCCAAAGCAUAUCGAGUAACAGUGGUUCCAUCAGUUGUGAUCCCUGACAAAUGGCAUAACAAGAUUCAAAUAUGUUUCCACCAGAAUGCUUCACUCGGGUUAUGCCAAUGUGAAAAAGAUGAUUGGAGAUUUAUUAAAAAGGGUUCAUGGAGUUCCAUUAUGUCACCAUUUGAGCAAAAGUUUGUUGAUGUGAAGUUUGUUGGUGGGGUGUCUGGCUCUGUAACUGUCACUCUUGAUGAAGUGUCACAGGGAUGGAGGUAUGUCUUACUUGCAGUGGGAUUUGCUUUAUUAUUCUUGGCACCUAUUGUUAGCACGUGGGUCCCCUUUUACUAUACCAGUUCUAUGGCUAUUGGAGUUUUUGCUGUUGUUCUCAUAAUCCUUUAUCAGGGGAUGAAAUUAUUGCCUACUGGCAGAAAAAGCGCCUUUUAUUUAAGUAUUUAUUCCACAUUGCUUGGAGCAGGAUCUUUUCUGGUUCAUUAUGUCUCUGAGUUUGUCAAUUCAAUCCUUGCAAAUUUUGGACUCAGUCAAGAGCUGCAGAAUCCGGUUUCCGUAUUUAUGCUGCUUGCCAUCAUACUUUUAGGAGCGGGACUUGGUUAUUGGCUGGUGCGCACUUAUGUUAUUUCAGAAGAUGGUGACGUGGACAUUGGCAUAGCCCAAUUUAUCAAAUGGGCAAUGCGUGUGAUUGCAGUCACAUGUAUUUAUCUGAGCUCUAUUGACACUCCUUUGGCAAUGGUAGCUGUUGGUUCUUCUAUAUCACUAUACUACAUGAUUACUUCUAUCAAGUGGCACAAUCAUCAAGGUCCGUUGAAAUCUAAAAAGUCAAAGAUCUGGGAAAGGAGUGGUCAACGCACACCAAAGAUUGGGCGUGCUGAAUUUCUUAGAAGGCCGAAAAAGAUUAGUCCAUGGAGUGCUCCGAUGAAUUCAUUUGCUUCCCCAGUCAAAGGAAUGGUGAACAACACAUCGGGAGGUAGAGGGUCAGCGGAAAGUCAACAUGACUUUUACUCAACGUUUCACAAGACCCCAAACAGAAAAAAGUUCUCAAAGAAAGAAUGGGAGGAAUUCACAGAGGAAUCAACCAGAGAAUCAGUUGCUGACCUGGCAUCUUCGCCUGAAUUCACUGAUUGGGUGAUGAAGAACGCCAACAGAAUCAAACUACUUCCUGAUAAUGGCUCAGUUCUCAUUGAAUGA